UUUAUGAUAUGAUUGGUGAAUUUUUCAUUUUACAUGUAGUGAUUAAUUUAACUAAUUAAAUCACUUGACAUUGGCAGAAUUGGGCGAAUUGCAAAGAUUAGUAUAAAGCCUUUUAUAAAAGAAGAAUAUUUGUAAACUAAACUUUUAACACUCUGCAAUUGUAUUUUGCAAUUGGAUUUGAUUUGAGAAGGAAUUCCAGCAAUUUAAUUUGAUAUUCUUGUCAAGCAUUGUUUUUAGAAAUCCAAGAAAAUAUUAUUUCAAUGUUUUAAUAGUGCUGCAACAUUUCAAAUAUUGAUAACGUCAAAAUGCAGAAAGCAAAAAAGAAAAGAGGAGAAGAAGAACCCAUGGAUGUUGAUGAUGUAGUAUCACAACAAAAUGGAGUUAUGAAUUCUGAUAAUGAUAAUUUAAACGGUGAAAUCGAUCAUAUAUCAGAUGACGAGGAAGGUGGUGUUCGUAUUGGUGAUAUUUACAUACCCCCGGCACCUAAACCGGCGCUCACAUUUGAUGCGACAGGCCCCCGUCUUAUAAUAACCCAUAUAGUGAAUGAAAAUUUUAAGAGUUAUGCUGGUGUCCAAACUUUGGGUCCGUUUCAUAAGAGUUUCACAGCUAUUAUUGGGCCUAAUGGAAGUGGUAAGAGUAAUGUGAUUGACUCCAUGCUGUUUGUUUUUGGUUAUCGUGCAACUAAAAUCCGUUCAAAGAAGAUUUCUGUCCUCAUUCAUUCGUCAAGUAAACAUCCCAACAUUACCAGUGCGACAGUUGCUGUUCAUUUUUGCCAGAUUGUAGAUGGGGAGGGUGAAGAUUACACUGUUGUACCUAAUAGUGAGAUUGUGGUAUCCAGGUCUGCGUUUAAGGACAACUCGUCUUUCUACACGUUGAACGGACGCAGGGUACAGUUCAAAGAGGUGGCCAAGAUGUUGAGGUCGCACGGGAUAGACUUGGACCAUAACAGGUUUCUUAUUUUGCAGGGAGAGGUAGAACAAAUAGCGAUGAUGAAACCAAAAGCUCAGACUGAACACGAAUCCGGCAUGUUGGAGUACUUGGAAGAUAUCAUUGGUACUUCAAGGUAUAAGGAACCCAUAGAGAAAUUAUCAGUUAAAGUAGAAGAGUAUAGUGAAAUGCGCAAAGAGAAGCUAAACCGGGUGCGUCUUGUCGAACAAGAGAAACAGAAGCUUGAACAACCAAUGAGAGAAGCGGUCGAACAAAUGAAUCUCACUAACGUCGCGCUGCGAACUAGGAAUUUGUUACUAAAUAAGUACAUACACGAAACAAACAAAAUAAUAGAAGGCAAAGAGAAAGAAAUGGUUGAGCUCAAGGAAAAUUUAGCAAAGAUCGACGAAAAACUGCAACAAAUCAAAGAAGAAUUGCAAGAAAAGACCACCAUUCUCAAGAAUGGUACACAAAAAUAUGAUAAACUUCAAAAACAGAAAGAAGAAGUAGCGGAAAAGCUUCAGAUCUGUAAGAAGAAGACUGUGACAGCGCAAGCAGAUAUAACACAGUCCAAUAAGAAAAAGAAAAAUCUAGACCAAUUACUCGAACAGGAGAGAGGCAAACUUAUGGACUUGGAAUUGAUACCCGAGAAAAAUAAGAGAGAGAUAGAUGAUUGCGAGAAGUUAUUGGUUAAACAAAAAGAGAGUAAGAAACAAGCAGAGGAAGAAUUACAGGUGGUUAUGGCAGGCGUCAGGUCCAAGACUCAAGGCCUCCAAGAAAACAAAGACAAGCUGCAAGCUAAACUAAUGGAAUUGAAAAAAAUCGUGGAUGAAGCGAACAAGGAGUAUAAGCUAGCUGAAUCUGAACUCAAAAUUUAUCUGAGUACAGAACAGAAAGAGACACAGAAACUAGAAAAGAUGAAAGAAGAUUACGAAAAAGCAGUGAAAGAUUUGGAAGAGAAGAAGUCGUCGCAAGAAGAAUUAUCAUCCACGCUUCCUACCAACGAGAGGAAAUUAAAUGAGAUACAAUCCCAGUUGAGUAAUUUGAAGAAAGAAGAGUCUGCUGUGUCCAGCGAAGCUAGAUCUUUGAGAGCGCAGUUAGAAGAGUCACGCCAAGCGAUGAGCGCGAACAAAUCCCGUGGGCGGGUUUUGGACGCGCUGAUGAAAGAGAAGAAAAGUGGGAGGUUGCCCGGAAUAUUUGGGAGAUUGGGUGAUCUAGGCGGUAUUGACGCUAAAUAUGACGUAGCAAUAUCUACUUGCUGCGGUGCAUUAGAUAACAUAGUUGUCGAUACUGUAGAAACAGCGCAAGCGUGCGUGGAAUACCUCAAGAGAAACGACGUUGGCAGAGCAACAUUCAUAGCAUUGGAUAAACAGAACCAUCUAUUGCAAUACAUGCACAAUAGGAACUCAUAUCCUGAAAAUGCUCCGAGACUUUUCGACCUUGUGAAAGUGAAAGACGAUAGAGUUCUUCCUGCAUUCUAUUUCGCUUUGAGAGACACAUUAGUCGCUAAAGAUUUAGAACAAGCGUCUAGAAUCGCUUACGGACAUACGAGAUACAGGGUGGUCACACUAAACGGUGACGUCAUUGAGAUUGCUGGUACCAUGUCGGGUGGUGGUAAAACAACGAUGCGCGGAAGAAUGUCCAGUUCAGUACAACAAGACACCAGCGAACAAGAUCCACGUAUCAUGCAACAGAACGAAAAGAAACUAGCCACCUUAGAGCAGAGAUUAUCGGAGCUACGUAGCGAGCAAGGAAAUCUAGAAGAUAGCGUAGUAUCAUUACAAAGGAGCACACGUGAAGGGAAAACCACCCUAAAUAAAUUGAAAAUAGAGCUGAAGAGUUUGACUGAACAAUUACCAAGUUUGCAGAGUCAAAUAAAACAACAAGAGCACAAAGCGGCUACCAGUAAAGUGGACGGUAAACAGAAAACUAAACUAGAAUCAGCACUUGAAGCGGCCAAGGAGAAGCUCGAUAAAGCAAAAGCAGACGCUGGAGAGGUAGAACAAGAAGUGCACGAAGUUGAUGUUCAAAUAUCUGCAGUUGCCGGUGGUAAAGUGAAAAGUCUACAAAGCAAUGUUGAUGAUCUCACUAAGAAAAUAGAUAAGAUUUCCAAAGAAAUCACUAAAUUGAGGGUCGCUAUUAAUACUAGCAUAAGAAAUGCGAAGCAAUCUAAAGACAAGAUAAACCAAAUGGAGACGGACUUGAAGGAGACCGAGAAGAAUUUAGAAAACUUGAAUAAUCAGAAAAAACAACUCACUUUGGACAGUUCACAGCUUCAGAAGGAAAUGGAAGAGCUCGAGGAACAAAUCAACGAGGGCACUGGCGAGUUCUCAGAGUUAAAACGGGAGAUAGCUAAGCUACAAAGUAAGGAGAACAAGAUAAAAAGUGAACGUUUAGAAGCUAAUAAUGCUGUCAAUAAGAUGGAUCACUCAAUACAAGACUGCAGAAGUAAAACGCCCAUGUGGGAGAAGGAGCUUACAACAUUAAAAUUAGAAGAUCCCGGCCUAGAUGGUAUUCCAGGAAUAGAGAGACCGGCGCCUCUAGAGAAACCAACCCCUGAAGAGUUAGAUGAUGUAUCGGUUGAGGAACUGAGAAAUAGAUUGGCCGCACAAAAGGCUAGACUAGGAGAUGCCAAGCCUAAUAUACAAGCUAUACAGGAUUACAAAACAAAAGAGGAUUUAUAUCUGAAACGUGCAGCGGAAUUGGAUGAGAUUACAACCAAAAGAAAUGAAAUGAGAGCCCUCUAUGAUCAACUCAGGAAAAAGCGAACUACGGACUUUCUGUGUGGUUUCAAUACAAUAACAACAAAAUUAAAAGAGAUGUAUCAAAUGAUAACUCUAGGAGGCGACGCCGAGUUAGAGUUAGUUGAUUCACUAGAUCCUUUCACUGAAGGAAUUACAUUUAGCGUUCGACCCCCCAAUAAAUCGUGGAAGAAUAUAUCGAAUCUGUCCGGAGGAGAGAAAACUUUAUCGUCCUUAGCGUUAGUGUUCGCCCUACAUUACUACAAACCGACGCCCCUUUACGUCAUGGACGAAAUAGAUGCGGCAUUGGACUUCAAAAAUGUCUCCAUUGUUGCAAACUAUAUUAAGGAGCGCACGAAAAACGCUCAGUUCAUCAUAAUAUCGCUGCGAUAUAACAUGUUUGAAGUAUCAAACCGUUUGGUCGGAAUAUACAAAACGGAAGAUUGCACAAAGUCGGUGACCAUCGAAAAUAAAGUGCCCGAAUUGCCCGCCGAUGUUGUUGCUUAGUGUUUACAUAAAAGGUCUCGUUUUGAAUGUGCCUUGUGUAUUAAAUCCUUUAAACAUUUAUUGUAGUAUUACAUGUUUUUUUAUUACAUUAUAAGC